AAUACAUGCGUCCUUCCACGCAAUGAAUAUAAGCAUAACUUGAUUAUUUGUGGAGGACAGUACUGCAACAUGAGCACAACAUGUGUGUUUUCUGCAUCAACCCUUUUUCACUGAAGUGUAUGCGCCAUAGUAAUGCUAAAAAUACUCUUACAAAAAUUCUUUUUUCCACAAAACAUCUAAUGAUUUGGAGGUUAUAUCAGCUUUAAUGAUGGCAGUUGGUCGAUAUAUAAAGACCUUACUCAUAGAUGUGUGACAAUAAUUUAGCAAGAAUUAAUACUUGAUAUAGUUGCAGUCUGCCGCCAGAUGAGGCCGUGCCAACUGUGGGACGAUCAACAGAUGACAGUUGUCAGAGACGGCCUGGAGCACUUAAUAUUUAGUCUCCCCUAAUCCAGGGGGUGUCGCCUGCUCAUAAUCAGGACGAAAUGACUUUUUUCAUCUCAACAAACAACCCGGUGUGAUUAUGUAGCUGAAAAUCUGUGUUGAUGUUGUUUAUUAGUAAAUAUUGUGUAUGUUGCUUCAAUGGCGACCUACAGUGCCAUGAAGUCCAUGUGGUACUUCAUAAGAACCACUGCUUCUUCGUUUCAGGUAAAGGUGAAGAUAUGCGUGCAAUUCUUCAAAGUUGGCGAAAUUGAUACUCUGAAGGAACAAUAUACGGCAGAUGUCAUCGUGAAAGCGAAAUGGCGGGAACCUUCACUUGACGGACAAAAUAAAACGUCUGAAUCUGUGGAGUUUAACAAAAUGUGGAAUCCAAAAUUAUACAUAGAGAACUCUCUAGGUGACCCCAAAGAACAAAUCCGGUACCAAGUGCUAUAUAAUGAUAAAGGCGAGGCCUAUGUGUCUGAAAAGCGAGUAAUUAAGGGAACAUUUAUGGAGAAUCUGGAGCUCGACGACUUUCCAUUUGACGUCCAAGAUAUCACUAUAACUGUGGCGUCGGAGCUUCCUUCUAGUGAGGUGGAGUUGAUCGAGGAUGAUGACGAUCACCACGUUGUCAACAAACAGGCAUUCGUGGACGAACAGGAGUGGCAUUUAUAUAUGCAUACAGAAUGUGUAAAACGUGAUAUAGUUAUAGACCAGGCGGACAUGAGUGUACGGCGCUCGGCACUCUCCGUGAAGUGUCGGGCUGCGCGGAGACCUGGUUAUUUUGUAUGGAAUAUAUUUGUUGUAACAUUUUUAAUAUGCAGUCUGGCAUUCACGACAUUUUCAGUGAAUAACAACCUACCUCAAAACCGACUACAGUUGUCUUUUACCCUCGUACUAACGGCUGUUGCCUUCAAAUCUGCUGUCAACUCGAGUCUUCCUAGGAUAUCGUAUCUUACAUAUAUGGAUAAAUAUUUACUGAUAGCUAUGGUGAUGCUGACAGCAGUUUGUGUAUGGCACGCCAUAGUGUCAACAUUAGCCACACAGAAGCAACGUGACAGUAUAGAAACAGUCGUUCUCAGCGUGCUGGCAGCCAUCUACAUAUUCUAUAACAUUGGAUUCUUCAUAGUUAUAUAUGUUUCACCUUGGAAAAAACGACGAGAAAUGCAACAGAAAGAUAGAGAAUAUCAGAUCAAAUAUGGGGCAUCAGAUGAACUAGCCAGAAGCAUGCUCCUGAGCGCGAUGUUUCCAACUCCAGUUAAGUCGCCGAAUCUUAGGAACGAUACCAUUCCUGAAUGAAAUAUAUACAUCUAUGAAAAGGAAGCUCUUCGACUCAAUGCCAGGAUUUAGUCAAAUGUCCUUCACCCAGAGGAGAAACCAACACAUUGAGCACGCUCACCACCUAAUGCAGGAGACACUGCGGAUAUCUGGCUGUCAAAGACAAUCCGUUAUUCCUCGAGUGGAAAGAAAGCAUCCCAGCUCCUGUACCACUGCGUAGACUAGGAGAGAUGGGCGAACCUCAUCAUGCUCCUAACCAGUACAACAGUGGCCCAAGAGUACAGUUCGAGUCCUCAAUCAACAUCAGUGAAACAUACCAGAAACUCGAAUAUACUAAUGUUGUUAAAGAGAAGGCUAUAUGGUCGACUAACAGACUACAUGCCUACAUCUGCUCUAUAGAGCGGCAUACGGCAAUAUAUUAGAAAUAAACUAAAUGAAACCGUUUCCAUCUGCGAAAAGUGAGAAUUUGAGGUUUCAGUGUAAUUUAGUUCUGCACAAUAUGAAAUGUAUAAACAUUUGCAACACCUUUACUAUAUAGUGCACAAAUUAUAUUAACAACCUUAACAUGCCUUGACGUGGCGUGUUAUUUUCACUAUGGAGCACGUUCCGUGGUGUUAAACAAUCGCAAAAUAUCUAAAUGCUGAAAUGGAACUAUUCUAUGUUAAGGAGGAUAUUUGCAUAUUCUUAUUCAAUAUUCAAGGUAUGAAUCAUGUGUUAAGAACAGGCAAAUGAAUAGUUGGUUUAUAAAAACCAGUGUAGGCCUUUGGACACAACAGCUUUUUUGUUGCUUCUGCCACCUUACUAAGAUGUUACUAUGACAACGGACAACACAAAUCAAACGACAGUCUUUAAAAAUGGAAUAUAUUUAGCAAAUGUAAAAUGAGUCUUAUAUUGGAAAAAAUAAUUAAGGAAGUGUACCAGAAUGAACCUUUUCUGCAAAUCUGAUCAGAUAAGCCUCAUGUGACACAGCAAGAAUCAAACUGCAACAAAAUUAGCAAAAAAAAUGAGCAACAAGAAAGCGAAAGCAGCGAUGUGUAUUGCAAUCACCACAUAUUAUCCCAAAUGACUUUUUUUAACAACACAAUUGAUAUCUUUAUAGAGAAACAUGCCAAAAAAUAUUUUGUAAAACCUAUAAAUUUUUAAAUGCUAGACACUAUUUGUUUUCAAAUAGCAAUUUUUCCAUGCAGAAAAAAUCCGAUCUACUGAGGGAAAAGGUUUUCCAAUGAAACUCACAAACAUUUUUUUUUGAAAUCGUUUUUUAUUAAGAUAAGAAUAUUUAGAACUCAGGAGCGAUAACUCGUAUUGCAAAGGCGUAUACUUAAGAAUCUUCCUAUCAGAACAAUAUGAUUUAGAACUCAUGUCGACCAAAGUUUAUUUGACCACAAUUUUAAUUAGAUUUAUUAACGGUCCUUUUUACAGCUAUUGGAUUUAUGGGUGAAAUUACUUCAGUUAAAACAUGUAGGUUGGGUAAAUAAAGUCUUUAUGUUUUAAAUAGAUAAACACCACCUGAGGAGGAAAAACAGUGUCUAUGGUAAAAAAAAAAGAAAGAAGAUUUUUCCAAGGUUACCCGGGAGUUCCGGGUGGAUGCUGUAAUGAUACGGUUAUCAUGGUAACCGAAAUCCUAGAUUUAAAUGUCAUUGUUGCCAUGGUAACAAAAGUCCCAGAUAUAGAGAGCGAAUAUAAGGAUUACCAUGGUAAUACUUUUUGUUUUAAUUAUAAAAAAUUGUAUAUUGCAUCUCCACAUUACCACUCCUUACUCAGAGUGUGUUUCAUACGUCUAGGAGGCUCGCGUUUUAACGAGCAAACAUAUCGCACAUUUAAGGUCAUCUUGAAAACGUGAUGGUAAAAUCGGACCUCAUUAAAACCAAACAUUUGAUAUCCGGAUAAUAAAAACGUCCGGAUAAACAAAUCUGUUGGAUCAUUCAUUAUAUUGUUCUUUUUAAAUAAAUAGUAUGAUAGAUUCACACUGUAAAUAUGGCAGUAUACUGGACACGUGUGUUUGUUAGCUCGACCUUUAGUAUAUUUCACAAAUUUGAUAUUUUAUCUUACAUUUUAUUUUCAAAAACUUUUAUUCAGAAUUUGACGAUCUGUUCCCAAUAAUGUUUUUCAAUACAGAUAUUUCAAAUAAACAAACACAUGUGUCCGUAUCUGUUUACCGUAUUUUAGAGGUUCAAAUAUAAUGAUUACUUACAUUUUAGCUCAGGGAUUACCUUAAUGUUAACUAAAACUGCUCCUAAAUCAAUAUUGAUUAGCAUUGAUUGAGUAUCUGAAAGACUUUUUUCAGGAAAGUUAUAUUGAUUCCAUUAAGAAAUACUCACCUAAUCCUCUAUAUAAGAUAUAAGAAUACUCUUUUUUUUUACAGUUGCUUUUCAUGCAUAAUUUAUUGAAGAUACUCAUAAAUAUGACAAAACAAAUUUACAAUAUUUCGUAUUUUUCUCCAAAAGUACUCUGAAUAGUAACAUCUUGUAAAGUGUCAAUGAUAAGGAUGACCACACAUGCUCCUUUGUGUAUUCCUAAUGUUGCAUUUGUCGAGACCAAGCGGAAUAUCUAAAGCUCAGUAUUCUUCUUGAUGUUACACGAUAAAUUUGGGACUCAAUGUCUAAAAUUGUGAUGUUAAAACCUUUGGUAGUUUCCCUUAUACGUGUAGCUACGGGAGAUCAAUAUGGAGACUAUACAAGUGAUUUUUUUUUCAACUUUAUUGUCUAAGAGGUAUAUGGUGAUCAUUAUAUCAAGUAUAUAUGAUCUGUCUUGAAGAUUAUUAAAAUAACAAUAAGACAAUAAGGCAGGGGGUUUAUUAUUAUUUAGUUGAUAUGAUUAUUAUUGUUUAUGAAUGUAUUACAUGGUACGAGAAAAACAAAUUGGGAAAAUAGAUUAUUUGUAUUUAAUUCAUUGUUCUGUAUAGCAUUUAUAUUCACCUUCCAAUGCCGUUUUAUCUUAUUCGAUAAAAGGAUGCUAAUUGCAUUUGCGAUGAAAUAAUAUAGAAUUUGAUUUCACUUCCAAACACAUCCAAUACCAAACGCGACGACCCAUGAUAAAUAACAAUGUAAUGCUACAUGAUAUGAUUUCUCCCAUGACAGUUACUGUAAAAUCUGUAAAAUGUUUGUUUCUGAGAUAUCAGUACCCAUUCCAUUAUAUUACAAUGCAUCGUAUCAUUUGUAAUGUAUUCAUUUUUGCAGAUACGAUCAUGCUGAUAUAGUGUCCUAAUUGUCUAUUUGCCAAAUGAACUGACAUCUGAAGGAAAUUCCAAGAAUUUAACAACGAUGUCAUGUUUAAGAUUUAAUGUAUUCGUUGCAUUAAUAAAAGAAAAACUCAUUCAUUAAAUGAAUCAAAUUUAGAGCUGUCUGUAAAUGUAUGACAUUUUUUUACUCACGGUUUAAAUAUGUAUAUUGAAUGACAUUUUCAUCAAUACUUUCACGUUACCCAACCCAUAAUGUGAAGCACAAAUGUUUUAUGUACAUUGAUUUCUAGAUUUAAUAUCUUCUGCUAGAGGUUAUCUAUAUAGGUAUAUUUCAACUGCUCUAUAUGAAGGCUCCUUGGAAUACUAAGGAGAAACCAUUUUUUUCUUAGCGCAUGCUCACCGAUGUGUGCGCCCCCUUCAGGUUGUUGUAUAUUAAGGGGAGAUAAAUCGUGGCAGUGUGUAUAUGUGAUUAGGUAUGAAGUGUUUGAUUGUUGUGUGGUCUGAAUUGUAAAUAUUAUGUCUCCAAAAUUGUGUUUUGUAUAGUAAUUUGACAGAUAGUAGACAAAUGCAUGUACAAUAUGUGAUAUAAAUCAAAACGUAUACAAUGUCCGUGUACUUCAUAGUGGUGUUUCCACUCAUUUUGGCAAUAGUUUAAUAUUGAUAAAAGCAGAAACCUUUCAAAGUAUUGAUUUCGUCUUUACUGUGUUAUAAACAAGUUCAAAUCAAUGGCAUAGCAAAUUGUGUGUUCAAAUAGUUAUAUAACACAGCUUACUUUAGUCGCAUGUUCUGAAUAUGCCAUUCUACAUCUGUGCAUAUUUAUUGUAAAGACACAGGUUAACUUACAUGUAAACACAGGGAAAACUUACCUGUAAAUAGACGGGUAACCUUACCAAUAAACACACACACAAGUAUACUUACUUGUAAACACACGGUUAGACUUAUCUGUAAACACACACGAGCAAAAUUACCUGUUAAAAGACGGGCAAAAUUACCUUAAGCACACGGGUAAACUUACAUGUAAACGCACGGGUAAACUUACAUGUAUAAACACAGGUAAACUUACCUGUAAACACACGGGUUAAACUUACCUGUAAACACACAGGUAAACUUACCUGUAAACACACGGGUAAUCUUACAUAAAACACAAAUAAACUUAACGGUUAACACACAUGUAAACUAACAUGGAAAAACACGGGUACGCUUACCUGUAAACGCACGGAUAAACUUAUCUGUAAAUAUAUGGGUAAUCUUACAUAGAAACACACAAAUCAACUUAAUUGUUAAUACACAUGUAAACCAACAUGUACAAACACGGUUAAGUAUACUUGUAAACGCAUGGGUAAACUUACCUAUAUAAAGCAUGUGAUAUUAACGUAAGACAUGAGCAUAUAUAGCCGAGGUAGACUUACACUGUCCGAGAAUGUGAAAUGAUGUUACAUGUAACUAAAUAUAAUAUAAAACUUUUUUUGAAAAUCCAUCUUUAUUACAUUAGUGGUAUGUUGC